AUGUUUUCACCCUUCGACAUUCUUCUGUUGGUUCUCUGCGCGUCUGCGGCGUCCGCAACCCCACUGGCCGCAAGAUAUGCCAACACCACGAUCGCUAUUACGACACCCUCGACCAUUUCGUCACUGCAAUUGCAAACCGGCCAUGUGUCAGCUAUUCAACUUUCUUCGGGUGAACAAUCGACCGCUUCGCUGGCGUCUGCGCCGCAGUAUCAGACAGGAGAUGCACCAGGCACAGAGCUCUCCUCGGUCGAAAGUUCAUCUUCGACGACAACUUCUGCACAGCCCCAGACCGGACUCGUAUCAGUCGUGAAGCCGUCUUUGUACUCAUCGAGCUCGAUAUCGGUCGCAACGCCCUCUUCGAUCGAUCCUCCAUCCAUGACACAUCAAAUGACUACGAUCAUUGCCUCGACUGGGGCAUUCGUUGCUGCAUUAUCUCCUUCAGCUUAUGGAGCUGGCAUACUUCCCACAGAAGCUGUGGCGGCAAUAACUUCGAGCUCGUCUCAACUCAAUCCUGAGUCGACUUCGUCGAGCGCAUCCUUGCCUCACUACAGCUAUGCACCCAUCUCGUCCGAAGGUACGAGCUCUUCAAAGGGUUAUGCCAAUGCCACCAUCGCUCCUUCGAGAGGCAUGUCAUCCCAAAAUGCUUCAAGUACUACGACCUUUACGAUGUUUACGACAGUCAAUCCAGAUGCGGACAGUACAAGCUCGUCACAAGGGCCAGGCGCCUACGCCACUCCAAGCUCACAUCAAAGUGCGUCGAGCGUACAAGCACAUUCGUCCUCACCGGCAGGCUAUGCUCCAAGCCAUAGCGGAGAUGCACAAAGCAGUACCACGCUCACGCUCUAUACUACUGUCGCCCCAUCGUCCGAAAUGCCAGCUAGCCCUUCGCACCUCAACAGCUCGGCUGCUGGGUACGGAGGAUCUUCAGUAUCUCAGUCUUCCGAAACGGCCUCUUCACCGGAGUCUAGCACGAUAGCAGCCACUUCUGACACAACAUCCACUUUGCAUUCGGAGAAACCUACUGCUGAGAGUAGCGUCGCGCAGGCCACUUCAUAUGCCAUCCCUUCGAGUGGUCCUGCUUCCAGCGAGGCAACACACACUCAACAGCCCUCGACAGCAUCCUCAGCUCCUGUGUACUCCUCCCAGUCUACUCCGGAUGCUGAGCCAUCAUCUUCAGGACAAGCCUAUCCGUACCCAAGCUCGCAAAAUCCUCAGGCAAGCAGUGAGGCCUCGACAUUCGACAACCCAUCCUCUGCAACAGCGCCAGCGUAUGGCUCUGUUUCGUACUCUUAUGCUCCGAGCUACUCGAGUACUGUGAGCCUGCCAGUAAUCCUCACGUACGGGCCAUCUCCAUCUCCGUACGCAUCGAACUCGGCUCCAGCUUACUCGCCGCCAACAACAACAUCGAGCUCGACUUUCAGUGAUAAACCCGGUAUCACGAUCGUGCCAAUCAAUCCCAGCAGUGUCAACGUUAUGGAUGUGAGCAGCAGCACCGCCGAAAAGGAUACCGUUACCGUGACCGUGACUAUCACCGACCCAGGCAUGACUAUUACUCGGACUGUCGCAAAGGAAACCAUUACUGUCUAUGCGUGA